CGAAGCAUGCAAACGUUACUGGCCCUACUUGCUACGGCGCUCGCGUGCGCUGUAGCCCGCCCACCAGCGGUCACACAUGCCCCACCGCCGCUACCGCAGGAGCCUCAGCGGCAACGGGCCCCGAUGAUACCUCCGCGUGAAUUCCUAAUGGAGUACAUCAUCCCGCGUGUAAUGGUGCCUCAAUACCUCGGCUACGAUGAAAAGCUGCAUAUUCCACGGCCUCUGAAGAAUACCUUUUUGGACCGGGAAAUAGAAGCACUCACCCAAAUAGAAGACCAAGAUAUGGAACAGAGUCCAUAUGAACCGGAGUUUGCCCGCUGGAACCGUAUGGAUUCACCUACACGAAACUUGGGGCAAGCAGUAAACCCAAUUGUUGCAGAGGAACAAAUGUACCCAGACCAGAAGCUCGAUAAUGACAUGACCUCACCAAUCAAAGAUUUUGAGAGUGAACUGAUGAAGAGAGACGGUCUAGAUGAGGAUAUGAGUUAUGAUUACAUUGAAUUGAAUAGUACAGCUAAUCUUGGACCUGAUGAUACUAACAAAGAAAAUACUUUCGCGAUAACGCCUCUUGAAGCUGCUUUCUUUCAAGCUGAUGAUACAGGAGAUAAUGGUGAUAACGAAGCAGUAACUCCUAAGGAAGAAGAAGCAGCACUAAUUGGCAUCGACGCGCAGAUAGAACAACGUAAAACGCGUCAAAAUCCUAAUCUCAGCAAAACCAAGACUCUGAUCAGUGAGCAUUUAGACAGACUUCGCACGGGAUUGGCUAAUAAGGACUACCGUAUACCUGUCUCGUUACUGCCAACCAAUCUACGCUGGUUGAAAAUAAACCGUCCUAACGAACUUGAGGAGAGUACUCGCGAAGAUGUUGAAGGUACAGCCAAGCCACACCACAUUCAUAUUCUGGACUCACCUACAGCGGACGACCCCUCUGAGUCCAUUUACGGCAUUGCACUGAUUGUUGCUAUUGGAUCUGCUUUGACCGUGGCUGUCAUUGGCUUAGCUUUCGGAUGGUACACUUUGUCCAAGAAGGCGAAGGCUGCUGCGGAUGUCGACUAUCCUGCAUAUGGCGUGACCGGCCCUAACGUGGAUAUCUCUGGGGAUAAGAAGCUAGCACAAUCCGCACAUAUGUACCACUACCAGCACCAGAAACAACAGAUUAUUGCCAUGGAGAGAAACGACAUGGAUCGCAACGGUUCCGUAUCUGACCCCGAAUCCGAGGAGGAGAACGAGGAAGGCGACUACACCGUAUACGAAUGCCCUGGAUUUGCUACCACUGGAGACAUGGAAGUGAAGAACCCGCUGUUCAAGGAAGGCGCUACUCCCGGCACACCUGCUGCCAAAAGCGACGAGGAGAAGGUCAAGCCUAAGGAAUAAUUGCUACCCCUUUGCCAAACUGGCGAGCCCCGACGUUUGGCAGUAAACCUCUUGUCACCACUUUUUUUCAUGAGGCAUUUCGGCACCCCAAAUUUCUUUAUACACCUUAUGACACGGAAUAAACAUACUUAAAGGAUCGUCACAUCACUGCUUUUAAAAUACAUUGCGUAUAGGAUUUUGUUGGAUAUAAACGGGGCAAAAACAAUAUGUGAUCAUGCGUCAUUUAUAACAUUGCGUCAGUGCAGUGGAUCCAAGCUGCAUGACACACGUCUUUUAAGAGGACAAUUUUAAUUGUAUGUUAUAAAAACCGCUUAAGGAUAUAUAACCUAAUAGUAGAGUAAUUAUAUUAAAGCUCUGUUCAAACCGGCGCAUCACUUGCGGGAAGCGGAACGUGUUUUACGGCAUUCGCUUACUCGCUCAGCCUCUUAAACCAACGUGACCUCCCGCGUUUUACUCUUGAUAGUCCAAUGGCGUAAAAUAUAUCUUGCUGUCAAUAGAAAAUCAAUAGAAAAAAUUAAAAGUAGUUGAACUCGUAUAAUAAAAAUAAAAAACAAAAGGCGCGAGACACAGCAUUUUGCUUUUUUUAGCGCCAAUUCAGUCACUUUUCACGCCAGUUUGAACGCGUCAUUCCGAUUAUGUUGACCCAAUCGGCGCGAGCGAAUAUAGUCCCGCGCGAGCAGUUUCCGCCUAAGUUUAAACAGACCAUUAUUUGGCCGUCGCGAAAUGUUAAGUGUAUGCCUUAAUAUCACCUAAUUAUAUAAACAUCUGCUACUCUGCUACUUCUAAAUACGUUAAUGGGAGUGAUUAAAUUUCGGUAUUGUACUUAUCACGUUUCAGGUGACAUAAAAAAGUUGGGUAAACCUAUCCUAACCACUUAACAAAUCAAACAAAAAAAUAAUUAAGAAACAAAAUAAACAAAAUAUAUAAUUUAACUAUUCAUGCGAUGUACUUACUAGGUGGCAGGCACUAAUUAUUUCUCAAAUUUCAAAGCAAGGUACAGAAUGCCUUUUUUAUCACGAUUUAAAAUAUACCUAUUAUGACGUAUUAUAUAAAUAUUAGCACCAUUAAUAAAUUAAUGUAUGUCACGGUCGCGUUGGGUAGCUGGAUAUGAUUAUUACUAAAUUGUCCUCCGAUACCUCAAAACUGCUCUCUCAAAAAAGGCUUAAAAAUCUAUUGGUAUUUGAUCCGUAUUUACGCUCGUCUUGGCGGAGGCACUGCCGUGCCCCCCGAUAUGAAUUAAUUUUCAAAACUAUAGUUGUGUGACAUAAGAAUUGAUUUGGUGAUUCUAAAAUAUGAGAUAAAAAGAGAAAAUUAUAUCAAUACACCACUUGGUUUGAUUGCAUAUACUAGCUGUCAUAACAACUAUUCAAUCCUUUGAUACUACUAUAAGAACUAAUAUUAUAAAUUCGAUACUUUAUUUAACUCCUUUUGUCUUUGUAUGUCUAUGGUUUUGGUUAAACUAUCAAGAAGAUUAUACGUAUAGAAUGUAGGCUGGGGUUGAAAAUACGUUUUUUUACGUCUAGUUUAUUACUAGUAGGUACGUUAAAUCCAACACUUUAAAAAGAAAUAGUAUUAUCAAAUUAUGUCUUUAGUUUUGUUUUUUUAUAAUCUUAUUUAAGAAUACGUUUUAUUUAUAUUUUAUACUAGUUGAUGCUCCCUUGGUAUGACAUUAGAUAAAGGUUGUUGUUAAAUCCAUUAAGAUCUUUUUAUUUUUCAGAGAUUCAAUUAAAUGUAAAUCAAAACAGACAAACAGCGUUAGCUUAGAAUUUAUAAUAUUAAUUAUAGAAGUAUAUUGUAAAGACUAAGAAAUACCAGAUCACUUCUCACGCCUAUCUUGUAGAUUUACAGUAGUGGUUUGAAAUUACGUUGAUUAUAGGUACAUAAACUUUUACAUAAACUCGCUUCAGUGGACUAACUGCCAACGAUUAACGCGUUAUUAUUUUAAAAUUACCACUAAAUAAGUAUUAUGAUUCAGAAACAAGAAUAAUCAACAUUGUUAAAAUAAUACCGCUUCAUGCAAUGGUAGUAACCUUAUGUAACAAACUUUUUAAGUCUUCUUGGAUAGGGCUGUCUUUAAGCUAACAACAUCAACGCGGUGCUACGUGAAAGGAUGAAAACGUUGAAGCUGCUUGUCGUUUAUACAAGUGGGUUAAUGGACGUGGGUCAAUGCUCUAAUACCUCCUCUCGUUUGGGAGAAGAGGCCUGCCCCCAGCAGUGGCGUGCAUAGAGGGUAUGUACAGGGUAUGCAGAUGAUAUAGA